AUGGCGGCCUGGUUGAGACUGGAAUCGGACCACGGCGGUUGGUCAAUCGAAGAUAGCGGACAGAUGAGAAGUACUAUUAGGUUUCUGAAGCGCCCCUGUGAUCAAUUUCCAGCUCUUGUAUUUUUCCUCGGUAGAUCCACUAAGAAGCAAGCAUUACGAUGCCUGCUGCCACAUAAUAAUACAACCAGACAAGGCGCCCCAGGAAUUGCCAAGAUUCACUUAAAUUCUGUUGAUACUGAUGCGCAUCAUCCCAAUCUUUUUAUCGAUGGAGAUCUCGACAAGCCAAAAAGCGUAAACACUGCCUACAAUGUAUCCGCUCGGGUCGAUAAAUCGUUAGUUCGCCGGCAUAGGCUUCAUAGAGAUGCUGGCCAAUCACACGCAGGUCUUAGAGACUAUUUGUUCCGUCGAUGCAUUCUGCCAUUUGUGCAUCUCCUGUGUGUCUUUGUAGAUGAUUUGGUUGAGUCUGAAAUGAUAAGCGAUUGGGUCUCGCCGAGCAGUCUGAAAGGGACCUCGGCUCAUCCACGAGUAGUGAUUAUCUUGGCCAAGCAAAGCAAUCAAGGCAAGGCCGAAGAGAUCGCCGCAGAUGCAACACACCGUGGAUGUACUGUAUCGAUUCUCGAUUUGCACGGCCGUCUUGACCUCUCGGGGCCCGCCCGUUUCGACCCUUUACGUUCCCUAAUCCGGCGCGAACUGGCCGUAGAGCUUGAAGGGCGCCACACACAAGGGUUACUCUAUUCUGCGACACACCUCGAGUCUCUUCUGACAAGGGCAGUCCGACAUGCGGCCGAACAUCCAGGAACAGAUUUUGACGUCGUGUCUGCCGUUAGAGAGAACAAUCCAGUCCCCCCCGGGAUAAAGCAACACCUUCAAAAUGUUCUUUCCGUUGCGAGCGAGGCACAGCUCUCAUUUCAAGACGCGGCGGUAUUCAUUGCGUCAGCUCUGGUGGUUGAUGCCUUCCCACCGGGCAUGCACGCAUUCGACCCUGGUCUAGUAUUCGAUCGCCUGUAUGCUGACCCCUGCAAGCAAGCGUGGCAGGCGAUAGCGCCGAACGACGUGCAGAAAGCUGAUGACAGAGUAAGAGGUGAAUUCAUCCGCCUGUUGGACCUAGUACGGCCGCGGGGACGGGCUAUCAACCUCAGAGGACUGGUACUUCGGUCCAGUCGAACAUGGGCCCAAUUGAAAACAAAUGUAACUUGCCUAUUCUGCCUGCUUCGAGGAACAUGUGAUGUGCUGCCAUGUGGACACGCAAUUUGCGAGGUCUGCAUUCGCAGGUUAGGCGACCAUGCCCAGGCGGAGUAUCAUUUCAGGAUGAAGAUCUGUCAGAUCUGCGGAGACACAUUUGACUAUAUGAUUCGUCUUCUACCGCCAACACAACGACCCAGCAUUCUAGUUCUCGAUGGAGGAGGUAUCCGAGGCGCAAUCAGUCUCGGGUUCCUGCAGGCGCUUGAAAGAUAUACCGAAUUGCGACAUUUUCACCUGACGGUGGCGACCAGUGUUGGGGCGCUGAUUGCAUUUUACCGGACUCUGCUGUGUUACUCAGCCGAACAUGCCCAGGAAGUAUUCAAGUCUUUUGGGCAUGGCAUCUUCCCUCAAGGGCCGUAUACUGUAUUAGACUUUGUGACAAGCAUGCUAGCUGAUGGCAGGUACAAUUCUGACAUACUCGAUUCCGCCUUAGCAAAAGCGUUAACGAAGCAGUUGAGGUUAUUUGAAACCUCAGUGGCCCAGCCAUCCGGCAGCCUCGUGGCCGUCACGGCCAGCCACGUCGAAAAAAAUGGCUCAUUGUGUUUGUUUACAAAUUAUCGGCCAUCAGAGCGCAUGGAUGAGAGAACCUCAUACGACAUCAUCACCCCAAAGAGAGUGGUUGACGAACCUUUUCUUUGGCAAGUAGGACGAUGCGCUGUGGCUGCGCUAGGAUAUUUCAAACCUCACCAUCUGCCGGGACUCGGGACAUUCCAAGACGGAGGCGUUUGUGCAAACUGUCCGCUGAGAGUUGCUCUCCACGAGAGUAAACUGCUCUGGCCGUCGGGAAGCCGACCAAACCUUAUCGUGAGUAUCGGCACGGGAUUUUUAGACCAAGAGCCCCCAGGUAUUACCAGCAGAGCGUCUUCGCGCUUAUCAAGGGUACUGACCCGAGGAUAUGUGAAGCGGGCGAAAGAUGUUUUUCUCAAUUCCCCCGCCGUUGACGGUAAUAAAGGUUGGAAAGACGCUCGCGACAGCAUACCCGAGGCCCUGAAGGACGAUGUAUUCCGACUUGACCUUCCUCUCCAAGCACGGCUCCCUGAAUUGGAUGAUGCGGCGCGGAUCGAUGACUUGAGCAACUCUGCAUUCAAUAUUCCGGACGCCCUCGCACGUAGCCUCCAGACAACGUCAUUCUUCUUCGAACUGGAUGAAGAGCCAGCUUAUUGGGGUUACCUAUAUCACUGUCAGGGCUCGAUCCUAUGCGACAAGCUCGAUCCAAGUGCGCUCCUAUCCCAGCUACAGCGUGAUUUGCCCAACGCGCAGUUCGUCACAGGAAGUGGUGAGCAUCUUGGUCUAGUUGUGGAUCACAACGGUUGCGAAAAUUGCGGUUAUUAUAGGAAGCAGGUCAACCUCAGUGUGUCUUGCCUGGACGACAUCAUCCAGCUAGGUGUUGCCAGUGGCUCAAUCUUUUCGAAAAUCGGCGGCUUCCCAAGUUCUAUCCAAGCCAUCUCGAACGAUCAACAACAAAAUGCACCAUUUGGACGAGCGGACCACUCAACCUAUCAAUGGGCACGUUCACGUCAGUGUUACUGUACCACAGGCAGCAAGCGAGGAAUACCAGGUGUUGCAGUCCGUCUUCCAUCGAAAAGACCGCGACUUGAGGGGAAAUAG